AUGAUGAACGGUUUCUACAAAAAAAAAAAGCCCCAGUAAUAAAAAAUAAAAAAAUCGAUUACCCCCAUCAGAGGGAGACAGACCAUCGACGCGGUUCAUGUACCUGACUACCUUCGUCUCCAGGGCUACCCGAAGGUGGCGGAUCUCUAUCGACGCGAGUUGUAUGCGGGUGGGGGGUUUCACCUCUGGACGCCGCCGGCGGAUGUGCUCGGCGACAACAGCGAGUACGAUCGACGCGGGCUCCCGCAGCGACUGGCAAUCGCGGCCUGGUACCGGUUCACUGUCGAUCGACACAAGAACACCCCCUUGGCGGCGGCGGUGGCGGCGGGACGACUCAACGUGCCUCCCCGGAUCGGCACCAGCGCACCACUCGAGGCGAUCAUCCCCAAGCCCGUGGCCCGCUUCGCAAUGGAGCAGCGCCUUCCGGACCCGGUGCUUCCACAACAGGCGAGCCAGUAUACGCUGCUGAACAUGGCUCGCCCCUACACAGUCCGUCGCAUCCGCCGGGUCCUGAACGCGAAGGCAUUUACCAACAUGCUCGGGCUCAAGGGACCACCGCAGCCGGACGACCUCAGGAGCUUCUGGAAGGCAGUCAACUCGAAGGCACUGACGGCGAGGGAGAGGGAAGUUUGGUUCAAGCUGAUCCUCCGCUUCACCCCGACGCGCAAACUCCAGCACGAGCAAAAGCACGACACUUCUCCCGCGUGCCUCGUGUGCGAAGCGCCGGUGGACGACACCGAUCACUACUUCUUCGGCUGCGUCGACUCGCGGAACAUCUGGACCGCGGCAAGGGGCGUGCUCUGCGACGCGCUCGGAUGCGACACGAUCGAGGACGCCGAGUACACGACACUACAACGACUCUUUGGCCUCCCCAAGCUCAAGGCCAAGCUCAGCGAACAGGAAGGCGCAGGCAGGACGAUCGAGAUCUUCACGGGGAUGGUCUUGGAGAUGAUCAGCAGUGGGAGAUGGAGGAUGCAGAAGCACGGGACGAGGAUGGAAAGCCUGGAGCGGAGGAGGGUGGUACUGGAGGAGAGGAUGAAGUUGAGGGCGGGGGGAGCAAGGGGCGGGCGAGGGCAGUAG